AUGAAGAAGCAGCAGCUGCUGCAGCAGCACCAGCAGCAGCUGCAGCAGCAGCAGCAGCAGCAUCAAGGGAGCACUGCUAUGGAGCAAGAAGCAGCAGCAGUGAAGCAGCGGCGACCCCGCAGCAGCAGCAGAAGCACCAGCACCCCCACAGAGCGCAAACGACUUAAGAAGAGGCAGCAGCAGCAGCAGCAGCAGGAGGUUGAAGUUGUGGGGGCCGAGGGAGAGGAAGCAGCAGCAGCAGCAGCAGCAGCAGAAGUGCUGAUCAAAGAAAUUGAUGACCUGGAUAUAGAUGCAGCAGCAGAAGCCGCAGCACAAAAAAUCUGA